AUGGUAGGGAGAACAAACACCGGAGAGAAAUUAGAUUUCAUAUCUGAUAGAAUUAAUCGGAGAGAUUUGCUUAAUAUCAACAAUGACUACAAUGCAUCAUCAAGUGAUACUGACGAAACUGAAGCAUCUGUUUUUGAGAAGGACCCAGCUGACUUGUCUGAUAUCACUCCACCUAUCUCGGCAACCUCCGCGCCUUCUACCACCUUAAAUGAUGGAUACUUUAAGCAAGAGUAUACCGUACUGAGAUCUACAGGUAAGAAGACACCCAGCAGUCCUCUUGCUAAAAGUAACGAAUUAAGAUCUCGCAAGAAGCAAACUACAAGGCUACCCCGGGUUAGUACUAGUAGUCUGGAUAUAUCAGAGACCGAUAUCACGUUGGAUGGGUUGGUAAAGUACGUAUCUGAGCAAGAUCAUCAACGAAUUAUUAGAAGAAAAUCUAGAUCGGAUGAGAGUUCAGAAAAGAAGCGCAAGGAAAAGUAUCGGUUGAGAUUCGGAGACUUGUCAUUCACAGGAAAAAGUACUAUCUUUGACUCGCAAGAAUUCAUUAAGUCAGAAUUUUAUGGUUUCUACGUGUUAUUUUGGUUGUCCACUGCUUUUAUCAUGAUUAAUGAGCUUGUACACGUAUAUUUUGAGAACUACGAACCCAUUUGGGAAUGGGAAAUUGUUCAAAUCUUACAGCAUGACAUCUUUAAAGUGGCAUUGUCUGAUUUGGCAAUGUAUUUGACUUCGUACUUUCCAUUGUUGCUACAAAUACUUUGCAAACGAGGUUUGCUAAGUUGGAAACGUGUUGGUUGGAUUUUGCAAAGUGUUUAUGACACUGCAUUCUUUGCAGUAUUCUUGUGGUUUUCUCACUAUAUGGAGUAUCCAUGGAUUGCUAAAGUAUUUUUGGUAUUGCACAGUCUUGUGUUUGUAAUGAAGAUGCAUUCGUAUGGUUACUACAAUGGGUAUUUGUGGUCAGUUUUCAAUGAGGGUAUGUUUCUGGAAAGAUAUCUUCAACAAUUGGAAGACAAUGAAGUAGAACUCCCUAAAGGACACGAGUUGGAACAAACGAUCAAUGUUUUAAAAAGCAGUAUCGAGUUUACAAAGUACGAGUUAGAGUACCAAUCAAGAGCUACUUCCAACAAGCCAGAACAGGAUGAUAGCAAGUGUGAUGAAGCAAUUCUUGAUUGCUCUUUUGCAGAGUUGCAGGAACGUAACUUGAUCAAAUUUCCCCAAAACAUCAGUCUUUGGAAUUAUUUCGAAUAUAGCAUGUUUCCAACAUUGGUGUACACCAUCCAAUAUCCGAGAACUCGCAAAGUGAGGUGGCUUUAUGUGUUUGAAAAAGUAUGUGGGAUAUUCGGUCUCAUAUUUCUUAUGGUGUUUGUGGCUCAGACCAACAUGUUACCUAUUGUUAAGAGGGCAGGUAUUGCCAGAAAACUUCCUGUACAUGAACGAAGUGGCCAAUACUUUUUCAUACUAAUUGAUAUGAUCCCACCAUUUUUAUCUGAAUACUUGUUUACCUUUUUUCUCAUUUGGGAUUCUAUUUUAAAUGCGCUUGCUGAGUUAACCUUAUUUGCUGAUCGAGACUUUUACGGUCCAUGGUGGUCGUGUACUGAUUUUUCAGAAUAUGCAAGGUUAUGGAACAAACCAGUUCACAACUUUCUUCUUCGUCACGUCUAUCACUCGAGUAUCAGUGCGUUGAAAGUUAGCAAGACUCAAGCAACGUUGAUCACAUUCAUAAUAUCUAGUAUCGUUCAUGAGUUAGUCAUGUAUGUGAUUUUCGGCACCUUACGUGGUUACUUGUUAUUAUUUCAGAUGUCACAAAUCCCAUUGGUCAUGAUUAGUAGGACAAAAUUCAUGAGAGACAAGAAGGUGUUGGGAAAUUGUAUUUGUUGGUUUGGAUUCAUCAGCGGGCCUAGUAUUAUAUGUACGUUGUAUCUAGUAUAUUAG